UCGGCCGGCGUGGGCGAUAUGUCUCUCGCAGAAAAUCAGUGCGGCCGAGAGCUGGAAGUUGGGGGUUAUGUGUCAGUCCCCGCGGGCAGGGAUGUGACAGGUUGAAGGCGGAGGAUAUCUGCUAAAAUAGUCCCAUACCGCGUGUACACUAUUAUUAUUUUACAUCCUCGUCGAGCAAUGGCAACACAGAAACGGAAAGUGGCGCCGAGCCCGGCGAGCGCGCAGCGAGGGUCGGUCCGGACAAAAAAUGGCUCAACAGGAGGUGGACCUUCAGCCAAAAAGAAACGUUUGGAGGAAAAGGUGACAUCGCCUCAACUUAGGUUUAUAAAGCAGUCAGCUGCUCAACCACGCAAGGUAUCUAGUAAUAAAGGAGCUUCAAAAUCACUGAGAACAACUGUUAGAACGAACAGAUUGACAUCAAAAUUAACCACAAAGCUAAAGGGUAAAGAAACAAAGGUCACUAAGAAAAAUGAAAGAAUGAUUCCUUUGAAGAAAUGUACUAAACCUUUAUUGAAAAAUAAUGCAUCAUUGAAAUCUUCCCACCAGAAGAAAUCCAUUGUCCCUCCAAUAUCCAAGAAAAAAUCUGGCAGAGUAAAAGCUGAAAGAAAAUCCACACGGAAACAGAAUAGUGCUAAAGUUGUGUGCAAACAAAUCCCUGUGACGGUUUCACAGAAGUUACUUCAGAGAAAUAGAACUUCUCAAUUACGACUUGCACAUAAAGGCCUACCUAAUUCCAAAAAGACUUGCUCUAAGAAGCUUUUAAAAAUGUCAUCACACAAUUCUCGGACAAAAGCUCCACAAAAGAUAAGUAAACCAUUGUCAAAAAAAUGCAAGACAAGCUCUUUAAGAGCUGCCACAAAGAAAUUGCAUCAGAGUAAGAAAAAUGUGAAAGUCCAAUCGAAGUCUACUGUGAAUGUUUCCAGGAUGAAACCUGCAAAGAAGGAUGUAAAAUCUUUGUCAUUAACUGUGAGAACCUCCAAGAAGCAACCUGUCAAAAAAACAGCUAAAAAGGUGACAUCCAAGAGUAAUCAUACUAAACAGCUAUCCUCUAAUAAAAAUAAUAGAACUGUGGAGAAAAAAGUUUCUUCAAAGAAAAUUUCUAUGAAGAUAGAAACUAGUGCAAAUUCUGUAAAGAAGCUUCAACAAAAAAAGAUAAUGAGAUCGGAGAGAUUACGCCCUCAUCUUGUAAGUGAGGAUAAGCUUGAAGCUGCUGCUGUAAGGCCUCAAACCAGGUCUAUCCAAAACCGUUCAAAAGAGAAUAUUCAACAGGUAGUAGAUUCCAAGUUAAAGUCUGGGACUAAGCAAAUGUUGAAUGAAGGACAGACCAGGUUUUCUCAGAGACUGAAUCUGAACCCACGUUUAUCAACAAGAUCCUUCCUUUCCACUGACAGUGCAUCUAGUGUAGUUCCCACUCAAAAGAAAGCGAUAAAAAGGACAUUUAGUGACUUGCAUCCUAAAAGUCCUGAGAAUAAAUGUCGUUCAAAAAAAAUACUGAAACUAGAUAGUAAGCUUGCAAGAACUAAGCAGGAGAACAUUAUAAAAUCUCCAAAAAAGAAGGCUUCAAAAGUUACAGAAAAAGUACAUGGUAAAAUUGGGAGAAAAGCUCCAGUAAGAAAAGCUGCCAAUAGAAAAGACUCCAAUGAUGCAGGAUCAACAGCACGUGAAAGAAAAAGUGAACUGGGGGUACCAAAAAAUAUUCCUAUUAGUGAAGCUUCGGCAGCUUCAGAAACUUCCCAAGAACAGACUAAAACUGGUAAGUCUGUUUCUCGUUCCAAAACAAAGAUCAAAAGAACAGCUUCAUGUGCAACAUUGGAAAGCAAUGCAAAAUUGAAAGGUCUGGUCCAGAAUCUGGCAAAGGCAACAAAUUGCAGUAUCAAAGCUAUUAAAGGAAAAACUGGAGUAGAAACGUCGACUAAAAAGAAACAAAACAAAAUUUUGAAUAAUGGCACAGAAAACAAGAAAAAGAUAAGUACUUCCAUCAAAGAACAAAGUUCAAAGCAACCUCACACUAUUCAUAAAGCAAAUAAAAAUACAAUCUCUAGUCCUAAAACAGCAAUGAAAGUCCCAUGUCUGCAAACAGAUGAUAAUGCCAAGUGUAAACGACAAAGUAUUCUGGAGCUAUGUGAGGAAAUUGCAGAAGAGAUAGCUUCUGACACUCUCGAUCUUUCAACGAAAGAGGAGUCUACAAAGAUAGAAGAUAAAACUAUCCAAGAAGAACCAGAAGCCAUAAUGCCUGAAGAUACUGAGAAAACACAACGGACAAAAUCAAUUUAUUCCAGCCUCAACAGAUUCCAAUUUUCAGGCCAAAAAUGUGUAAAACGUAAAUCAAUUGAGCAUCAUAAAUCUGUAGCUACAAAGUACACUUCACAAAAAGGAGGGAAAAGUUGGACUAAAAUUAAACAAAUUAAAGCUGAUCAAAAAAAAUUAACUACCGUCAAUUCUACCUAUAACAAAUUAAGAAAUUUGCAGGUUAGGCAAGCUGUUUCACAAGUAGUAGUUCAGACAAUUAAGGUAAAGAAAGAAAAAUUGUCGAAUGGGGUACCUGUGCAGACCAAAGAAGAAAAUGACAUUGCAUAUGACCAGCAUAAAGCAAAAACGUUUUUUCCUCAUUUGGAAGUUGGAAGAGACAUCAAUAAUGGUCAAAGGUCAACAGAAAACAGUAUAUCUGAAAAAAUUAAACUAGCGAAAUUGUGUGACCAAAAAGAGGACGAGGCAGAAGUGGCAAAAAUAGAGACAGAAUCUGAAGCAGAUGAGAGUUUUAGAUUACACUUAGAAUCAAGUCCUGAAUGUAGUCCAGAAAAAAGCUGUAUUACAACAUUACUUCUGAAACCUGUUAAGGAGCAAGUGGAAAACGAGUCAGGGUCAUUGCUGAAGGAAACUGUACGGACUCUCUUCACUAAUCCAGAUUCAUCAGAAAUGAAUAACGAAAGUGUAUCUUUGUCUAAUCAGCUAACCAUAGCGAAGAAUACUGCAAUUGCCCCUGAAAUUUCUGUACAAAGAGAAGCCAAGCUAUCAGACAAUGCAGAUGGAGGUGGGCUUCAACAAACAAACCUUGAUUCUGGGCAGAAAAGGAUUGGAGCAAUUUCUUGCACUACCUGUGGAAUGCUUUAUGCAGCUUCUAUCCCAGAAGAUGAAGCUCAGCACUUCAAGUUUCAUAAACAUUUUAUUAGUGCUGUAAAAUAUGUGGGCUGGAAGAAGGAGAGAAUUUUAGGUGAAUAUCCUGAUGGUAAAAUAAUAAUGGUUCUUCCUGAUGAUCCAAAGUAUGCCCUAAAAAAGGUUGAAGAAAUUCGAGAGAUGGUUGAUAAUGACCUUGGGUUUCAGCAGGCAGAACUUAAGUGCCCAUCCAGAACAAAAACUCUCCUCUUCAUUUCUAAUGAUCGAAAAAUAGUUGGCUGUUUAAUUGCAGAACACAUACAGCGGGGCUUCAGGGUUAUAGAAGAUAAAGCUACUCAACAAUCAUCAAAUGAUGCAAUUAUGCUUGAACGUCAGCGAGCAUGGUGCUGUUCAACCAAUCCGGAGCCUGCAAUCUGUGGAAUAAGUAGGGUUUGGGUCUUCAGUAUGAUGCGACGCAAGGCAAUUGCUACAAGAAUGACUGACUGCCUUAGGAGUAAUUUUGUAUAUGGCUCUUAUUUGAGUAAAGACGAGAUUGCAUUCUCAGAUCCUACUCCGGAUGGUAAGCUCUUUGCAACCCGAUAUUGUGGAACACCCAGGUUCCUGGUGUACAACUUUGUCAGUUAACCUCGCAAGAAACUUCUCAACUACCAGUGAAGAUCUUUUUACAUACAGCCUUAGACAAUUUAUAUAAUAGUAUAUGAACCUUCAUAAAUUGUCAUACACAAUUUCAGGAGCUGGAUUGUAGGAACUGUACUGCUUUUUAUUACUGUGAACUCAGGACUGAUGACAACCAAAUUGUUGUUAAUAUCAUAACUGGAAAGGAUGCAGUAACCUUUGAUCUUGAUUUGUAUUUUAAAGUUGGAAUAGUUUUAUCUUUUUUCAGAAAAGCAUGCCUUUAUUUAGUUCAGUCAUGCUCACGGAUAUUUGGAUGUUUUAUGUAAAAACAUUAAACUUGUUCGAUGUAAAUAUGCUAUAAAACUGAGAAAAUGAGUUUUCUAAAACUGCUCUGUGGCCUUCUUGGUCUGUAUAGAAGACAAGCAGCUUGGUCUGUAUAUACUGUACAGUGAGCAAGCAGCUUUGAAUGUGUUUUUGGAGAGUUAAAUGAGUAGUUUGAUAUCUGGAUUAUUGUGAAAGGUGCCUGUAAAUUUCCUAGUUUUUCUUUCAGGGGUAUCAGGCUGCCACACUGAAGGCUAAACUGUUUUUGAGGUUAUCUGUCCAGUUGCAUAUUUUAUCAAAUUGUUCUUAAAAAAAAGAAUGCCAUUGUUUUUAUUUUGCUCUGGGAAGAUACAAUUGCCAGUGCAAAAUGUAAUACCUCGUUUAAUAUUGAUGUUGAACCUCUGCAAUAUUUGGUGUCCAAAAUCACAGUUGACACCUUGUAUUAAUGACAACUCUUGGUUUUGGAAAGGUUUGUUAACUUUACCUUAAGGGUAGCUUAUAUAAGUCUAAUAACUGUGCCUUUUUCACUGUAGGUCACAAUUUGAGAUCGAAUACAAUGGUUUUAACUCAUUUAAUUAUAGGAUAGCUUCUAGGAAAUAACAACUUUAUUUUAAAACUUGAGAGCAGAUCAAUACAUUACAGGGAUCAGUAAGCAGACUAUUCCUGAGAAAAUAAACAUGGAUUGAAAGGCUGUUACCAACUUGCAUGGUAAAUACUGUAGCAAAUUUUAUUUAAGAUUUCUACACUAGUCAUUUUUUUAAAAAUUUCCAACAAGUUUCUUGAUUUUUUCCUGAAUUCAAUAAAUCCAAUUAUGAGUUUACCAGAACUAAACAGUCCUGGGACAAAAAUGUUUGAAGUUAAUUUGUGCUUUAAAAAGCCAACAAGAAAUCUCGCAUGUCAACAAAUUGAGCCUGGUUAAUCUUGUUUUUUUUACGCACGUUGAGAUCACUUGAUAGCUUAAAAAAUCUAAAACUUAGAAUCUAAAACCUUGUUUCCCACUAGGAGUAAAAUUGAGGAGUUAUAAUUUUGAUUUUUGUAUUUCUGGAUCAGGUGUGCUUGCUACUCUUCAAAUACAUUUUAAAAUCUUUUCAGCAAUGAGAAUACUAAUGCUGUAGCACUAGUUGGUAUUGUGCUCCGAGUUGAUUGAGCUAUUGUAAUGCACAUUGCUUUAAUCUGCAGAAUUCCAAGGUAUUGAUUUAAUGACUCCUGGACUGUUUACAUUUACAUACCUUUUUCUCAGCCUGGGUCAUAUGGGGAUAUGAAGUGAAAUGUUCUUUUGCCUAAAAUUUAAGUGUUUUUUUAAUUACUGGCUAAGAUUAUUAAAUUAAAAAUAUUGUUUUGGUAAGUGGCUUGUAGUUUAAUUUUUUAAUGGGAUGGUUUUGAAGUGGAAAUUAGGAAUGUUUGUGUGUGUAUAAAACUUUGGAUGCAGGUAACAUUUUAUUGCUAUUUUUAAUUAAAAAUACUUAAACUAUUCACAGCAUACCAAAAUAUCAAUUGAUACAAUGAAUUCUAAUCAGCAACAACUGCAGUAUGUGUAGAGCAAAUUUUAAGUCCAGUGAUCUCUUCAGUCACCAGAGUUCAGAAAAGUUAAUAUUUACCUCGUGUAACAUAAUUACUUGUAAAUAGGUAUAGAAUUGUCAAGUUGGGAACAGGUGGGAUACAGAAAAUUAGUAAGAUCUGGAAGAUGUAAACUACAAUGCUGUUAUGAUUACAUCUCACUAUCCCCUUGUGUAUUGUUUUCCAGAAUGGCUGUUCCCAAAAUGGUAAUUCUGUUUAUACCAUAAUGGUACAAAAAGAAUUUCAUUUUAAUAUUACAGUUGAAUACUGGUAAAUGCCAUGUGGCCCGAGGUCAUGUGCCAUUAUCAGCAUUGCUUACAGAUUAUAAAAUGGCCCUCUUCAACUCAGACAUGUGAUAUGAGUCUAUCUAUAAUUGUGCACAUACCAGUUUUGAUUUGUUUUAACUGGGAAGAGACUAAAAUUGUAAAUGUGAUGCUGUACUUCACUCUUCUAAUCUAUAUGCACUAAAUUUUAAAUGGACCAAAUGCAGCUGGUUGAAAUUAACUUUAUAGUUGUACGUUAAUUCUAAACUUGUUUAAAAUUCAUAUGAGCAGACUUUUGCUUGCAUUUAAAUGAUUGCUUAAUGAGUAACAAAUCCUAUGAUUUUAAGAAACAAUGCACAAGUGUGAAUGUGUAAACAUUCAUUAAUAUCUGGCAAAGUUUGCAAAAAGGAAACCCACCAUUUAUUUUAGUGAAUACAUUGAUUUUUGUAUCUUUCUAUGGAACUAGUUCACAAUUGCUGCAAAUUGUUUUACAUUCUAAGUGUGGAAAAUUGCAAUUCCUAAGUUUUACUUAAUACCAUUCUUGUGUGUUUGUUUUCAUGGUCAGUAUUAUCUUGUAAUUUGAUCAUAUGCCUGGUCUUUUUUUGCAAGUGAGAGACUAUUAAUGUAUCCCAUUUGGAAGAUGUACAAUAUGAUGUAUGUAACUAGGAAGAUGUUCUGGACUAUAAAUGACUUUGUUAGUACAAUAAAUUUAAUUGUUGGAGGGCUAAGUGCUGUUUAGUUGAAUUAUUUCUGAUAAAUUAUACAAACCAUAUAGCUACAGUUAAUAAACUGCUAGAAGUAAGUAGAACUACAUUUCUUUUGAGUAAUAGAUUUUCUUUUGUCUUUACAAAUUUAUACACUGUCUCAAAGUAUGUGGCCUGGAACAGAUCUUGGCAUCUAUGAAAUCCAGCUACAGACUAAAGGUGACUGUUGGUUUGCCUGUCUCUCCUGUGUCCCC